AUGAAAGCUGAAAUCAGUUUAUUGCAGACUGAGAUCGAUCAACUUAGUGAGCGAUAUGAACGACUACAGAAAGAAUCGAACAAGGCCAACAAGGAUGCUACUGCGCCUGAGCAGCUGCCCAUAGAAGAGCAUCCUGACCUCACGAACCACCAGUAUUUUGAAGAAUUGAUCAAUGGAAUCAUGAUUAAAGGUAUAACCGAGCAAGAGCGGUUAGAUAAAGAAAAAUUGGAAGGUCAUUAUAAAAGAAGGAAGUUGGCCCGGGAAAAAAACGUGAAGGAUUAUGAAGCUUUGAAAAGUCAGUUCCUUGACAAGGUGCAGCUUGAAAGUUGCUAUAGAUUGGGUGGUAUUACCGCAUUUCCUGUCAAUGAUCCUUCUGCUGAUGAUGAAGAUAGAUUUUUAGGCAUACGUUUUGACACGUAUGACGUAUAUUCUGGAAAAUACACCACGCCUCAUUAUAUAAUCCUCAAGAAAAGGGUCAAGACGAACGACUGGUACGUGUUCAAGACCACGGUUCCAAAUUUCAUCCCAGUUAACGCAUUAUCCACUCAAUUUUUAAACACGGAGAUGUUCAAGUUUGUGUCUGAGAUUCGGCGUCAUCUUAUUCUGCUACAAGUGAAGAAAUCUGUGUUCGGUGUGUUGAGCUUGAAGCUUCAAACUCCAUCGCGACUAGAUAGCGAUCUCAGUUUUACUAAAGUUAACAUCAAUGUACAAAACAAGUUCGAGAUUGUUUUAAUCUGCGGCGAAAAAUCGAUAUCUAGUGUCAUUGUGAUAGGGGACAAGGACCAAAGUGGUGGAUUACUUACUAAAGUUACACGACGAAAACUAGAGUUAGCCUUUAGAGGAUGUAAGUACUCGGGCUUCGAAAAGCAGUUUUUCGAGAUUCUGAAAAAUUGUCAGAUCUCUAUAUAA